ACGAGACCCGUCCAGCCCGUGUCUCCGGCGGGUCCAGUCUCACCUGAGACUCUCCUGUCCUACCUGUCUCACCUGUCUCGCGGCUCCAGCACCAGCUCACCUCCGACAGCAGAUUGUGUGUGAGGUGAUGUCAUCAUGCCGGCAGUAGCCCCGCCCACCUCAGACCGGCCCGGCGACGCCCCCGAGUCCCCCGGAGACGAAGGCGGGGACGUGGACCUGGAACCGGGGGACGGCAGCUGGACUCUGGAGGGAGACCUGCAGGAAUGUGGAGGGUUGGACCGGAGGUGGGUUCUCUGGCACCAGUUCAUGAAGGAGCAGCAUCACCUGGAUGCCUGGCUGCGAUUGGCUGAGAGGUCCCUGGACUCCCUAAGCCCCGCCCCCUUCACCUACAGCGUUGCCAGGGACGACCUGCGGAGGGUCCAGAGGCUCCGGGGCGAGGCGGGGAAUCGGCUGGUCCAGCUGGACGGUCUGACCCGGCAGAACCGGACCCUGACCCGGCUGUUCCAGGGCGCCAUGAUGACCCGGCUGCUGGCGUCGGCGCGGGAACUGGGCCGCCGCUGGGACGAGGUCAGCGCCGGCGUGGAGGCGGCGGCGGCGCGGCUGCAGGACUUCGUCUCGGAGUGGGAGGAGUUUGAGCAGCAGAGGGCGGAGCUUAACCUCCUCCUGACAGACAUGGCGGCGCGGCUGGAGGAGGCGGAGCUUCAGCCGGGGAGCAGCUGUGAGAAGCUGCAGAGGCUGCAGUCGUUCCAGGAGGGCGUGUGCGAGACGUCGUGUCGGGUCAACGCGCUGCUGCGCCGCGGCGAGGCGCUGAUGCAGCGCGGCGUUGCCCCCGGCGACGCCCAGCGGCUGGAGGCGGGGCUUGAGGAGCUGCUGCGGCGCUGCAGCCGCGUCUACGGCGCCGUGGCCCGGACGCACACGCGGCUGCUCGUCCUGAGACUGGUCUUUGAGGACGACUGGACGGACUCCGGCUGUCCCUCGGAGGCGGUUGCCGAGGACGACCCAGACCUCCCCUCGGCACCGACCCGGGUCCCGAGCUCCGAGCGCCCGCCGCCGCUGCCGUCCCAUGAUCCCGCGGGGCUGGAGUGGGACCCCUCGGGGGACGUGGGCCGGUCCGUCUCCCACGACGACGCCGACUCGUCCUACUUCAGCGCUGGUCGCAGGGACGAGCUGCAGGGGCGGAGCUUCCUCGGCGCCUCGGACUGGCGCUCUGACAUCAUCGCUGACAUCACCAACCAGGAAGUGGGCGUGGGCCAGGAGGAGGAGGAGCUAUGGCUAGGCCACGCCCACCCCAGCCCCCUGGCCCCGCCCACGCUCCAGCAGGACGACCUCUGGAUGACCUCCACCCCCGAGAGGAAGGACGGCCAACCGGGGGACUUCCAGGGAGGCCGCGUGAAGGCGUGGCUCCGGGUCCAGAGCUCCGCCCCCCCGGAGAUGAUGACCACUUCCUGUUGCAGAGCCGUGCAGACGGAGGAGGACGAGGAGGAGGAGGAGGUCGGAGAAGAACCGUGCUGUUGUGAUGAAGCCGAGCAGCUCCGCCCUGGACCCAGCAGGACCUCCGGCAGAAGGUGGUCGUUCCCCCCGGUCCUCCUCCAUCUCCUCCUGGCGGCGGUUCUGGCCCUGCUGGCCAGCGUGUUCUGGGUCGUCAUGGAGCCGCCGUGUCACCGCAGCAACCGGGUGCCUCGGACCCUCCACCUCGCGCUGCGCUACGUCAACGGGCCCCCGCCUACCUGAGGACCAGCCGGGGACCGGGUCCCCCCCGAAACUCCGAGCAGCUGUCUCCUGUCCUGGACAUUAUUUAUACUCCUCGUCACCGUCGAGUUGAAAAGCUCCUUCACAGUAACCCGGCAACCGUGGAAAAGCUCCUUCACAGUAACCCAGCAACCGUGGAAAAGCUCCUUCACAGUAACCCGGCAACCCGGAGGUGUCGAAAAGCUCCUUCAAAGGUAACCCUGCAACCUGGAGGUGUCGAAAAGCUCCUUCACAGUAACCCGGCAACCGUCGAAAAGCUCCUUCACAGUAACCCUGCAACCCGGAGUUGUGGAAAAGCUCCUUCACAGUAACCUUGCAACCCGAAGGUGUGGAAAAGCUCCUUCACAGUAACCCGGCAACCGUGGAAAAGCUCCUUCACAGUAACCCGGCAACCCGGAGGUGUGGAAAAGCUCCUUCACAGUAACCCGGUAACCGUGGAAAAGCUCCUUCACAGUAACCCUGCAACCCGGAGGUGUGGAAAAGCUCCUUCACAGUAACCCGGCAACCAUGGAAAAGCUCCUUCACAGUAACCCUGCAACCCGGUAACCGUGGAAAAGCUCCUUCACAGUAACCCGGCAACCAUGGAAAAGCUCCUUCACAGUAACCCUGCAACCCGGCAACCAUGGAAAAGCUCCUUCACAGUAACCCUGCAACCCGGUAACCGUGGAAAAGCUCCUUCACAGUAACCCAGCAACCGUGGAAAAGCUCCUUCACAGUAACCCGGCAACCCGGAGGUGUCGAAAAGCUCCUUCAAAGGUAACCCUGCAACCUGGAGGUGUCGAAAAGCUCCUUCACAGUAACCCGGCAACCGUCGAAAAGCUCCUUCACAGUAACCCUGCAACCCGGAGUUGUGGAAAAGCUCCUUCACAGUAACCUUGCAACCCGAAGGUGUGGAAAAGCUCCUUCACAGUAACCCGGCAACCGUGGAAAAGCUCCUUCACAGUAACCCAGCAACCCGGAGGUGUGGAAAAGCUCCUUCACAGUAACCCGGUAACCGUGGAAAAGCUCCUUCACAGUAACCCUGCAACCCGGAGGUGUGGAAAAGCUCCUUCACAGUAACCCGGCAACCAUGGAAAAGCUCCUUCACAGUAACCCUGCAACCCGGUAACCGUGGAAAAGCUCCUUCACAGUAACCCGGCAACCAUGGAAAAGCUCCUUCACAGUAACCCUGCAACCCGGCAACCAUGGAAAAGCUCCUUCACAGUAACCCUGCAACCCGGUAACCGUGGAAAAGCUCCUUCACAGUAACCCAGCAACCGUGGAAAAGCUCCUUCACAGUAACCCGGCAACCCGGAGGUGUCGAAAAGCUCCUUCAAAGGUAACCCUGCAACCUGGAGGUGUCGAAAAGCUCCUUCACAGUAACCCGGCAACCGUCGAAAAGCUCCUUCACAGUAACCCUGCAACCCGGAGUUGUGGAAAAGCUCCUUCACAGUAACCUUGCAACCCGAAGGUGUGGAAAAGCUCCUUCACAGUAACCCGGCAACCGUGGAAAAGCUCCUUCACAGUAACCCGGCAACCCGGAGGUGUGGAAAAGCUCCUUCACAGUAACCCGGUAACCGUGGAAAAGCUCCUUCACAGUAACCCUGCAACCCGGAGGUGUGGAAAAGCUCCUUCACAGUAACCCGGCAACCAUGGAAAAGCUCCUUCACAGUAACCCUGCAACCCGGUAACCGUGGAAAAGCUCCUUCACAGUAACCCGGCAACCAUGGAAAAGCUCCUUCACAGUAACCCUGCAACCCGGUAACCGUGGAAAAGCUCCUUCACAGUAACCCGGCAACCCGGUAACCGUGGAAAAGCUCCUUCACAGUAACCCUGUAACCCGGAGGGGUGGAAAAGCUCCUUCACAGUAACCCUGCAACCCGGAGGUGUGGAAAAGCUCCUUCACAGUAACCCUGCAACCCGGAGGUGUGGAAAAGCUCCUUCACAGUAACCCGGCAACCCGGAGGUGUGGAAAAGCUCCUUCACAGUAACCCGGCAACCUGGAGGUGUCGAAUCCGGAGAACCUCAAGGCUCCUUCGUUCAGACUUGUUGGGAUUAAAGGUAGAGUAUGUAUAAAUCUAACCUCUGUUGACGUUAUGUUUGAAUUAUCAACAGAUGUGGCAUCUUUCAGAAACUCUUUACCCUACCUUUAACCGACAGUAGGAACCAGUCUGACGGGUCCUAAAUGCACCUGGAACCAGAACCGAGUCUGUUCUCGGCAGUUUUGUCUUCUGACGGUAAACGACCGCCAGGUCUGGGUCUCAGACGCGUCUCUGCCUCCUGACGAGCCUUAAAUAAUCGUUAGACUUUAUGUAGAAAAACAUUUAUAUUUUCUUAGAUGCUUCAGAUUGAAGUUUGACUUUCAGCUCUUUCAGAAUAAAAGCCUUUUUUUUUUAAACGUUUUUGUUGCCUUUUAUACGAUGAACCGGCGCUGAUCAACGCACCUCCAUCUUCACGCCUGCUUCUCUCAGGAAAGGACGCUGGUCCAGGUCCUUGUUUCCAUGGAAACCUCCGUCCUCCCCGAUAUGUAGCGGGGAAAUGUUUUUUAUUUUAUUUUUAUUUUUACGUUAAGUAACGUCCCAUGAACAUUUUCCGGCGGUAGUUGGACAACUGUGGCGCUUUUGUAAACUUUCUGUUUGAGUAAAUUAAGUUUUAUUAGUUCCGGUUGGAGCCGCCUGCACUUCCUGCUCUGGCCACCAGGGGGCGACAACUUAAAUAGUUCAGGCUAAUUGUGAGUUUUAAAGCUUUAGGAAGGUUAAACUCGACUGCCAAAAUACACAUUUCAUGUUUUUCUUUUUUUUUUAUAUCUUUUUGUGUUUCAUUGUCAAAAUAUAUUACUAAAUAAUGAU